AUGGAUAUCUUUGCUUCUUCAACAUGGAUAUCCUUUUCUAACAUACAUUUAUAUGUGAUUCUUGCCUCCAUCGCACCAAUGUUAAUUGUUUCUGUGCAGGUUGUGGUAAUUCUGGAACUGGUUGUUGCUACCAUUGGUGGUUUUCUACCACUUGUAGCCAUUUAUUGGAGUAAAAUAGGAGUUGAGGAUGAGUUAUGGGGGGAUUUUUUGAGUCUUCCUAUCGUCACUCAAAGAAACAUUGCUAGCUCUAGAAACGCCAAGGAUCUUCAAAAGUACAAAUUGAGAAAUCCAAGAACGUUUCAUUAUUUGAAUCAAUUAAAUUGCUACGAGUUAGAUGGCAUUGAUGAUUCUAAAGAGUAUUUUGCUACAAGGGGGCCAAUGGAUGUUGUUGGAAUUAGUACCGAGGAACAGUCAAUUUUGGUUAGUCGCGAGAGUGGAGCAGGUGAAACGGAAAGCACAACAUUGCUCAUGCGGGAUCUUGCUUACUUGGGAGGUAGAGCUGCAUCUAAGGGCAGGACUGUCAAGCAGCAAGUCCUGGAGUCAAAUCCGGUUCUAGAAGCAUUUGGUAAAGCAAAUACAGUCCGAAACAACAACUCCAGGCUUAUGGAUAAGAUCCAUAGUUCAAUUGGUCAAGACCCAUACUCAAAAUACUUAAUUGGGGUGUUGGAUAUAUAUGGAUUUGAGAAUUUCAAGAUAAACAGUGGCGAGAGUGGAGCACGUGAAACGGAAAGCACAAAAUUGCUCCUGCAGUAUCUUGCUUACUUGGGAGGUGGAGCUGCAUCUGAGGGGAGGACUGUCAAGCAGCAAGUCCUAGAGUCAAAUCCGGUUCUAGAAGCAUUCGGUAAUGCAAAUACAGUCAGAAACAAUGUAAAUGCAGUCAGAAACAACAACUCCCCGGUGGUUGUGGUAAUUCUAGAGCUGGGUGGUGUUUCCAUUGGUGAAGGGUAUGGCUAUGAUCAUGACAUGACAAUUGAGAGGAGGCCUUCUGCCUUCAUGCUUUGGGACCGAGUAGGGACCACAAUGAGCGGCAUGUGUGACAUAAAGUCUUUAGAGGAUUCCCUCUUCAAACGUAUAAUUGUAACUCAUGAUGAAACCAUUACCAAAUGGCUUGAUCCAGAAGCUGCAGUUGCCAGUAGAGAUGCUUUGGCAAAUUGUGUUGUUGUUAACACUUUUUGUAUUUAUCCAGAAGAUGGUGAAGCACCACCAAGUGGAGUGGAUGAUAGGACAAAGCUGGCUUAUUUUCAUAAGCCAGGAGUUCUGCAUAAUUUAAAUUCGAGAUAUGAUGUCAAUGAAAUAUAUAGUUAUGAUCAAUUAAGGAAUCAGUUAGUCAAUAUGCUUAGUGGCGAGAGUGAAGUGGGUGAAACGGAAAGCACAAAAUUGCUCAUGCAGUAUCUUGCUUACUUGGGAGGCAGAGCUGCAUCUGAGGGGAGGAUUGUCGCACAGCAAGUCCUGGAGGUAUGCCUUGCAUUUCAGCCUGUCCAACAAGCUUAG